GCCCCGUCUCCUAGCAACAAUGGCCAAGCUCAUCGGCAAACGAGCGCAGAAAAGCCUGUGGGAGGAGAUCUGUGCAGAAUUUGAAGCAAUCAGUUCUAAUUUUUUAGAGGAUUCAAGACCGGAUACAGCAUCUGUGUCUACUGAAGUAUCUCAGUAUGAUCCCAGCAAACAUUCACCAGUUUUUUAUGGUCAUAUGGUAGCAAAGGUUUCAGUGGAUACAUCAUUGUUAGAAAACUUCAACGCUGAAUAUUCACAUCCAGCAUUUUUAGGCUAUGCAGUUGUUCAGAAACCUCCUCCUCCUGCCAGUCCACCACCACCUCCACCUAUUCCACCACCUGAUCAAAAAACAUGUUCUCCAAGACAGUAUUUGGAACACUACAUAUUUCCUGUACUUCUCCCAGGCCUGUUUGAAGCUCUCAAACAAGCUAAAAUUGAGAAAUGCUUUGAGAGAAAAAGGACUAAGUUUAAUGCUUGUGACUUUCUGACAGAAUGGUUGUACAACAAGAACCUAAAGAGAUCAGACAAGGAAUUUGUUGCCUUCAAUGAAAUUCCCUUUGUUAAGAAGUGGCUUAAAGAUCACCCUAGGCCACCAAUUCCUCUGUCUCUCUUGUUGUCAGAUGAUGAAGCUGCACUUAUAAUUCAGUCUUUCUGGAGAGGUUACCAGGUUCGCUGUGAUCCAGAAAUACAAGAGCUGCGGCAGUGGCAAAAAGAACUGAGAGAAGAAAAAAGAGGUUUUAAGAAAAAAGUAAUUACAUUUUGGGCUGAACAAGAAUCUAAAGUUGGACAGAAAAUGGAGGAAACUGAAGAGUCCAUGCCCUCUCCUUCUGAAGAAGUGUCUGUUAAAGUGCUCCCACCCAUCCCCCAAGAGAUUAUGCUGAGCAUCAGAGAAGCUUGUGAUUAAUGGCACGAAUUAUCUUUUCUCCUCCAAUAAUAUUCAUCUGUA